GGAAUAGAGCUGGUACUGGAAUCUUUUGGUGCCCAGGAUGAUGCCCAACCAACUGGGUCAUACCGGCCAGGGCAGCUUUUUUCUUCACUUAACUGUAUAACCCGCUGUCAUUUCAGAGCAGUUCAUAAACAUCAUGUUUUUGUGCCACCACUUCCUAACUACUCCAUCAUGUGGAUAGAUAUCAAUCAGUUUCUGUGAAUGGGACUUUAGAUUUUCUUUUUUACUACAGCGUAAUUGUUAUUGCAAAUGAUGACGAGAUGAAUCACCUUGUGAAUGUCAUUUUGUAUUUGUGGAGGUGUAUCUCCAGAGUAAAUACUUAGAAGUGGAAUUGUUGGGUCAACAGGUAAAGUCAUCUAGGGUUUGAUUUUAUAAUAACAUAUUUUCCUCCUACCAUUUGUUCCCCCAGGAGCAAUAUUUGAAAGGGUCUGUUUGGAGGCAGAUUGUUACAACCCUUUUAGUUUGAGUAAAGAAUUAUCAGUAGUCUCAACCCUCAGGUGACAUCAUGAUCACCCAGGAUGCUUUUUGAAGAUGUGUACGUUGGAACUGCACCCCCAGAAAUGAACGCACCCGAGUAUGCUCGAUGCCUGUGAGCUCCCCGAUCAGCUCGCGACCUUGGACAGACCCGGAGAAGAAAGGCGCCUGAGCGGUGGCCCCUGAGGACACGCGCCUUCCCCGGGCCUUGCCCCGCUCGCGGCCCACGAUGGAGACGCUCUCGCAGGAUUCGCUGCUGGAGUGUCAGAUCUGCUUCAACUACUACAGCCCCCGGCGGCGGCCCAAGCUGCUGGACUGCAAGCACACCUGCUGCUCCGUGUGCCUGCAGCAGAUGAGGACCAGCCAGAAGGACGUGAGGUGCCCUUGGUGCCGGGGCAUCACCAAGCUGCCUCCGGGCUUCUCCGUGUCGCAGCUCCCCGACGACCCCGAGGUCCUGUCGGUCAUCGCCAUCCCGCACGCCUCCGAGCACACCCCGGUGUUCAUCAAACUUCCCAGCAACGGGUGCUACAUGCUGCCCCUGCCCAUCGCCAAGGAGCGAGCGCUGCUGCCCGGAGACAUGGGCUGCCGCCUGCUGCCCGGCAGCCAGCAGAAGCCUGUCACCGUGGUGACCAUCCCGGCGGAGCAGCAGCCCCUGCAAGGCGGGGCCCCCCAGGAGGCGGCGGAGGAGGAGCCCGACCGGCGGGGCGUGGUGAAAAGCUCCACCUGGUCGGGCGUGUGCACUGUCAUCCUGGUGGCCUGCGUCCUGGUCUUCCUCCUGGGCAUUGUGCUGCACAACAUGUCUUGCAUUUCUAAGCGCUUCACUGUGAUAUCCUGUGGCUGAGGGGGGCUGCGGGGACGUCUCUGGUGGGUGCCAACGAGGGGCUGAGCAGGUGUUGGUGAUGGGACAGAAGUGAGAAGAUGAGGGCGACUCUGAUCAUUUGGUGCCGAAUGCUGGCCUCUGGGCUGCUACUUGAUUACCCCCGAGACCAAACAGGACGGGCAGGAUGUGAGGUCUCGACAAGAUGCCAGGCGGGUCGCUCUGAGCGUUGGUGGCAGCAGCUUUGAAGACGAUUGCAUGCAUCCUCGUAGUCAUUUAUUAAAUGGACUGUAAUUUAUGAUUUUUUUCAAAAUCACGUGACGAGAUAGACAUAUUCUACUUAGAUGUUGAGCUGUGCAAGUGCAUACAAUGUGAUCUUCUCUAAAUGUGGUAGAUUAAAACAAAGAUGCCGUGUCUACAAGUAGAAGUCAACCUGAGAAUCCACGACGAAUUCAGCGACGCCACGCAGUGCUGGUCUCCUUCCUUUUUAAAAAGAGACCCAGUCUUCACUUAGUUGCUAAGCCUUUUUAUACUUUUUGAAUGGCACCUGAAUUAAAGUAAGUUAAGCGGACCGUCAUUCUUGGAAGAAAAUAUUUGAGCAAGUGUUUCCAAUGUGUUGUGUUUUGUCGUGUUCCUUCAUUUUUCUUCCCUUGUAAUUAGAGCUCGAUACGUGUUUAUUAAAUUGAAGGCCCAACAGGGGAGCAAUAAGCUGAGUAAUGAUGAGAAAUGCCUAGUCCCACAGGAAAACUAUAUGCCAAUUUUUCUCAAGCCAUCUCACAAAGUAAGAAUUCUAACUGUAAAUACUGUGUAUGUGUGUUUGUGUGUGUGUGUGUGUGUGUGUAAUUUGAUUUACCUCAGGUUUUGAAUCUUUUCAGAAGAAUCCUGGUUGGAAGACUUGGUGGGCAUGAAUGAGUCCAGGGUCUGAAUCGGUGGCCGCCUCCUGGGCACCGGGACCCACCCAGUGGCCCACCCACUUGCUCCUGUUUGCGAGUUCAAGUCCCAUGUUCUGUGAGGCACAAAUAGAGAGGAACAGAGUCUGUCUUUUUUCUCAGUUUGGGGGUAUUGUAAUAGUCAUGAGUGUUGUUAACCAAUGUCAAACCUGGACUGGCAUUUUAAUAGACCACGGUUGUUUUUUGAAAGCUAUUAUUGUUCUCUGAGAGUUAAACCUUUCAGAAUUCCAAUUUCCUCUUGUUGUAUAAGUAAGAAUAUCUCUUGUAUAUUGAAAUAUGUUUUUAGUGAGAAGAGUGGCAGGGUAAACCAACAACUUACAUUCUCAAUUCAAAUGGACCAGUUUGUCCUAAAUUCUCAAAUAUUCCUAAGUGUGCAAUGGUCUGUAGAUGCUCACUAAGAAAGAUCUGCUAGUAUUGAAUGCCGAAUUCCUGUGCUGGGUGAGUGCACAUGCAGAAAUAGCUGUGAGCUUUACAGUUCUCUUCUAAUUUCUUUUAUGGCAUCCACGAAGCAAGUGGUAUGUGACAGAGACUCCUCUCAUAAAGAUAUAUGUUUAUGUUCCAUUGAAUCCAUGAAAAUAAGGGAGAGAAAGAUAAGCAGUGACUGGCUCCAAAAAGCAAGGCUAGAAAUAACCCCGUAAGAUGGAGACAAUUUAAUUUACUUAUAUGCUAACUAUGACCUUUAAGCAGCACAAAAUAUGCACAUUAAAGAGAUGGAAAUUAUGAAAAAUGACAAGAUAAGGACUAGAAUCCAAAGCUAACACUGUUCAUUGGUGUGAGGAUUCAAUACAAAAAUAUGAACUCUGGUUUUUCAAAUCUUGCAAAAUUUUCAUAAGACCUUUAGGAAAUGUAUUUGAAAGCUCAAACUAGAAAUUAGGUUAAAAUGCCAUUUUACCGUGUAAGCUAUUGGGCAUUAUACAACGAAUCUAGGAUUUAUUUGGUAUUAAUAAUUUAGGUAUCAUAUUAGCUAAAUGCUAUCCUCUAUUAUGUAACAUAAUAUACUGUUGGGUUAGUGUCAGUUUCUCCAACUCAACCAGGCUGCUGUAAUGCGUGUCUGACCCAAUUUCUAUUCCUCUUGGGGGGAAAAAAGAAACCCACAGAAAUGUUGCAUUAAGAACACUACAUUUCAAAUGGACUUUACCCUUGCAGUUUUAAGCUAUGCCAUGUUCCAAUUAAUUCUGUAAAUGAUAUCUAAAUAUGUUUAUGUACAGUAAGAAAUGACCGGCCGUGUAGUGUAGUGUUCGAUAGACUUCUAUGUGUUAAGUAGGUUAUAUACAGACACUAAUGUGUGACAGUACAGCAUCCUGUGUUUCUUAGUGUAAAAAUACUGAGUAAAAAUAUUCAUGUAACUUUUACUUAAAAACAAUCCGAUGCUACAGCUGCAAUUAAGCAGUGCAGAAGUAAUCAGCUCCAUGAUAGAUUCCUGACUUUACAGCCUAGGGUAACAAUAACAACCAAAAUCAGAAUUUUCUGUGUGAGUCUUACUGACACAAGAAACACCGUUUGAAUGCAUCCUGCCUACAGUUACUUGUGCACCUGUUUGUUAGGGUGUGCAUUCGUGUGUGUGUGUGUGUCUGAUGUCUCAGCUUGCCAGAUAGACUUUUUAUAGACUUGAUGUUUUAAUGGCAUUUAGCAUUGCUCUGGCCUCUUCUGGCGUGAACCCAUAACACCAACAGCUCAUCUUCCCCAUGUGACCAAAGUCCAGUGGCACAAUCGGCCAGAAUUUACAGUUGCACAUCAAUGAAAAAAAAAAAAUCACAACUGAAAGCACAGAAAGUUAGAGCUGAAAGCAACCUCUGGUGGCUUCACUUUGUAGAUGAGUCCGUUGAGGCCCACAGACUUACAGAGCUGCGUGGCAGCUUGAAAUUCUGCAGCAAAAGGGAGACAAGAACUUUGCACUGCUGUUUCCUCUUAUCCUUCCCAGGCCUGUCUACAGUUCUUUUGGGCUGCGCAUGAUCUUCAGGGUGGAUGAAUACCCUUUACCAACUCAACUCUUGCUUUAAAGAUUUUUUUCUUUUGUAGAUUUCUAUAGUCAUUUUCAUUAGCAUCUACCUCUCUGGGAAAUGAGAGGAGGGUUGAUUUGGGGGAUGAGUAUAGACGUUUAAAGGAAACCAUGGAAUUCGAAGAAUUUUUUUAAAUCGCAAACCAUUGGUUCCGAACCCUCCUUCUCCCCUUCUGUGUAAAGGACAGUGAGUGUUGUGUAAAUAGUCAACUAUAAGAAGCAUGAAUUUUCAUCUUUAUUAAUGAACUUGACAUAAGCAAGAGAAUGCUUAAAAUGUUAAGUAGAGCCAAGUAGGCUAUCAAAAAGCAUUGUCUUCGGAACAUUUUUGUACAAUGACCUGGGGCAUAAGUUGUGAUGAAAAGGCGAAUCAGUUCUCAGUUCCAGUCAUACUUUAUGAUCUGAAAGCUAUAAGCUAUUUUCCUUAAAUAUAUAAUUAAGUUUAAUCUUGCGCAUGACUGAAGAGUGGAUGCCUUGAAGGUUAAACUGAUGCGGGUGCAGCCCUCGGGAUCUUCUAGAACUUGGCACAGUUCAGUAGGACUUUCUGUGAUGAUGGAAAUGUUAUGUAUCCUGUGUGGUCCAAUACAGCAGCCACUAGCCAGGCUGGCUAUUGGGCAGUUGAAAUGGGGUGAGUUUGCCCGAGUUACCGGAUUUUGUGUUUUAGUAUUUAAUUUUAAGUUAUUUAAAUGUAGUUAUUCAUGUGGUUAGCGGCUAACACAUUGGACAGCACAAUUCUGGAUGGUUGCGCAAUGGUAUCUAGCAUCACAGUGUUAGGAGUAACGGAGUAAAGCUAAGAAGGCAGUUUAUGGUUUGAUAGUUACAUGCAGUUGGCUAAAAAAAAUGAAAACUUUUCUGGGCUUAAAAAAUACGUGAUCUCAAGUAUGACAGUAAAAAUUCAUUGAUUGCCCUUUGGGAUUAUUACUUCGAUACUUUGGGUCAAAGCACGAUCUGUGAAGCUUAAAAAGUGCUUUAUGAAGCCCCUUUUCUGGGAUCAUUAGCUGCAUGUGAAUCUAUUGUCCAAAAAUAGUAGUUAGACAGUAGCUGUAAAACGUUCGACUUGCAAGUUAUGCAUGAGCUGUAACUGUGAAAAUGUGUUCAGGGUCUUGUGGCCUAAAGGUAAAUGUUACUGAAAAAAAAAAAGAAAAAAAAAAGCCUGAUGAAAUCCCUCUUCACUUCCAACAUCUUAUCCAGACUUCACUGCUGCAUCAGUAAGGUGUGGGGUGUAAGAGCAAGCAUGUUUUACAGAGCUUGUAGAGUGUUUUUGUUUGCCCUUGAAGUCAGCCAGCUUGUCAUUGUAUGUGGUGUGGGCAUAUGUGGGUGUCAUCUUUCAGUUGCCAGACUAAAACAUAGGAACUAUUUUUAGAGUCAGAUUUGACAUUGUUUUAGUCUUGUUUUUUUUUAUUUUUGUUAUCAUUGAAA